GUAAGUGACGCGCCUGUCUGUCAGCCGAGCCGUAGAACAAGAUGGCGGACUCCUUAGCAGCGGCUCAGGGAGAGGAGAACGAACCGGAGAAAGAAGGCAAGGAGAGACGGAUGGAGGGAGGUAGUGAGAGCCGGGGGUCGAAGGAGACCUCCGAGGUGACUGAGACGCUGGGGUUUUACGACAAGAAGAAAGCCCAGAAGGACAAGAAACGGAGUCUGUCUGAUCUGUCCCUAGCGAGGUUCAUGGGGGCGGAGCUGACCCGAGGAUACUUCCUGGAACACAAUGAGGCUAAAUACACAGAGAGACGAGAGAGGGUCUAUACCUGCCUCCGGAUCCCCAAGGAACUAGAGAAGUUGAUGCUGUUUGGGUUCUUCCUGUGUCUGGAUGCCUUCCUGUACGUGUUCACCCUGCUGCCUCUCAGAGUCCUACUGGCCCUCGUCCACCUACUGACCCUACCCUGCUGUGGUCUGAGUGGGUCUCCUCUCCUCCAGCCAGCCCAGGUCUGUGAUGUGUUGAAGGGUGUCAUCGUGGUGUUGUGUUACGUCAUGAUGAGCUACGUGGACUACAGCAUGAUGUAUCACCUUAUCAGAGGACAGUCCGUCAUCAAACUCUAUAUUAUCUACAACAUGCUGGAGGUUGCAGACAGGCUGUUCUCUUCGUUUGGUCAGGACAUUCUGGACGCUCUCUACUGGACUGCUACAGAACCUAAAGAGAAGAAGAGAGCUCAUAUAGGAGUGGUUCCUCACUUCCUCAUGGCUGUGCUAUAUGUCUUUCUUCAUGCUAUCCUCAUCAUGGUCCAGGCCACUACCCUGAACGUUGCCUUCAACUCUCACAACAAGUCUCUCCUCACCAUCAUGAUGUCAAACAACUUCGUGGAGAUCAAAGGAAGUGUGUUUAAGAAGUUUGAGAAGAACAACCUCUUUCAGAUGUCUAACAGUGACAUAAAGGAGAGGUUCACUAACUAUGUUCUGUUACUCAUUGUCUGUCUACGGAACAUGGAGCAGUUCUCAUGGAAUCCUGACCACCUGUGGGUGCUGUUUCCUGACGUCGUCAUGGUGAUAGCGUCUGAGGUUACCGUGGAUGUCGUGAAGCACGCCUUCAUCACCAAGUUUAACGACAUCACUGCAGACGUCUACUGGGAGUACCGCGCCAGCCUGGCGUUUGACCUCGUCAGCAGCAGACAGAAAAACGCCUAUACAGACUACAGUGACUCAGUCUCCAGGAGAAUGGGCUUCAUUCCACUGCCUUUAGCUCUGCUGUUGAUCAGGGUGGUGACCAGCUCAGUGAAGAUCCAGGGAUCUCUCUCCUUCAUGUGUGUUCUUCUCUUCUACCUGGGGAUGAUCUCUCUGAAGGUACUGAACAGUAUUGUGUUGCUGGGGACUUCCUGUGUGUUCGUCAAAGAAGCCAAUAUGGAGGAGAAGCUGUUCCAGUCUCCCCCCUCUGCUGCCUCCAGCCGCUCCAACUCUAGAGCACACAGACCCACACACACCACCCCUCCAGGUGAGCCAAUCGUAGAAGAUGGGGUCGUGUCUUCAGCGUCAGUCACUUGUCAGCCAACCAACCACCAGCAAGAGAGUCCCGCCUCCACUCUGCCAACCAGCCAAUCAGACGAUCACUUCCUGACCACGCCCGACGGCGAGGACGGCGACAAGGACAUCUCCGCGGCAACGGGAGAGGAAGGAGAGGGGCUUAAACAUAGAAACCCCGCCCCCAAGAAAGACCUAUUGGAGAUCGACCGCUUCACUAUCUGUGGAAACCGCAUCGACUGACACACACACACACACACACACACACACACACACACACACACACACACACACACACACACACACACACACACACACACACACACACACACACACA